ACACCUCUGGAUUAGUUAUCUGAGCUCUCGGGGCAAAGCCCUCAGUUGAAACUCAGGCUCUGGGAAGGAAAUCAUUCUUGUGAAUGUGACACACUCGCUCCAGUCCCCAUAUGCUGAGAUUAUAUUUCUUCAUCAGCUUGAUGUGCUUUGUGAGAUCAGACACAGAUGAAACAUGUCCUUCAUUCACCCGCCUGAGCUUCCACAGUGCAGUGGUUGGCACGGGACUCCGGGUAAAGUUGAUGCUCUACACAAGGAGAGACCCGACCUGCGCACAAGUCAUCAACUCCACCACUUUGGGGAACUUGAACGUGACCAAGAAAACCACCUUCAUUAUCCAUGGAUUCAGGCCAACCGGCUCCCCUCCCGUUUGGAUAGGGGACUUAGUAGAGGGCUUGCUCUUCGUAGAGGACAUGAACGUGAUUGUGGUUGAUUGGAAUCGAGGAGCUACAACUAUACUAUACAACCAUGCUGCUGAUAAGUGCAGAAAAGUAGCAACAGUCUUGAAGAAAUUUAUCGAUCACUUGUUGGCAAAAGGAGCGUCUCUUGACGACAUUUACAUGAUUGGAGUGAGUCUAGGAGCCCACAUAUCUGGGUUUGUUGGAGAGGCAUACAAUGGGAAGCUGGGGAGAAUCACAGGCCUGGACCCCGCUGGCCCUUUAUUCAACGGAAAACCGCCCGAGGACAGAUUAGAUCCCAGUGAUGCACAGUUCGUGGACGUCAUCCAUUCCGACAUUGACGCACUGGGCUACAAGGAGCCAUUAGGAAACAUAGACUUCUAUCCAAAUGGAGGAUUGGAUCAACCUGGUUGCCCCAAAACAAUAUUUGGAGGAAUGCAGUACUUUAAGUGUGACCACCAGAAGUCCGUGUUCCUGUACCUCUCUUCCCUGAGAGAGAACUGCACGGUCACCGCAUAUCCCUGCAACUCCUACAGGGAUUACAGGAAUGGCAAGUGUGUCAGCUGUGGCAUACCACAAAAGGAGUCCUGUCCACUCCUGGGCUAUUAUGCUGAUAAUUCGAAAGACUACUUAACGGAGAAAGACCCUCCAAUGACUAAAGCAUACUUUGACACAGCUGAUGAGAAACCGUUCUGCAUAUAUCAUUACUUUGUGGACAUUAUAACUUGGAACAAGAACGUAAGAAGAGGGACCAUCACAAUCAAACUGAAAGACAAAGCUGGAACUACCACAGAAUCCAAAAUCGAUCAUGAACCUGCAACAUUCCAGAAAUACCACCAAGUGAGUCUGCUUGCAAGGUUUAGUCAAGACCUGGACAAAGUGGCAACCAUUUCGCUGGUGUUCUCCACAGGCUCUGUAGUUGGCCCGAGGUACAAGCUCAGGAUUCUCCGGAUGAAGUUAAGGUCACUCACCCAUCCAGAGAGGCCCCAGUUGUGUCGGUAUGACCUUGUUCUGAUGGAAAACACUGAAACAGACUUUCAACCUAUUUUCUGCCCAAAGUUGCAGUUGUAACUGUUGUCAGAACACGUGACCACCAAGGAACAUCAGGAAAGCUAUGGCAGGCUUUCUGAGAGUUUCACCGUCCUUACCUUCUCCUCCAGCCACAAAAAGUACGGAAUAACCAGGGUUUUUCCAGUCGUGCCCCAUGGAUGUCACGUUGCCAAAUGACAGCCGACUUUGGAUUAUAGAACAGUCCUGAGAAGGGAGGCCCUUAAGUAGGGCAAAUCUGAAAGAGCCAGGCCCCAGGCAGCCAAUGCUUUGUGUGGCCGCGUCCUGGGACCCCGUUUGUUCUGCCCUGAGAUUCUGCUGCUGGUCACUCAGGCAGCUCAGCGGGACAAGCCUCUUAAAGGGAAGGACUGGCUGGAGACCUCACGUUGGACUCGACUCCACACUCCCUGUGCCAAAUUCCUCCAGGUCCCCACAUAGAGAAGGGAACCAGACGGACCUACCUCACAGGGCUGUUGAGUGGGUCUGGGAGGCAAGUCUGUGAAGGGUUCUUCGAAAUCCCACGGGUGCCACAUCCGUGAGUGGUUUGACAAAUGUGAAUAUGCUUUUAUUUAAUUUUAUAAGGCUUAUCUAACAUGCAAUAAGAGGGCUACUCCUUAUCCACACCAGCUUCUCUCUUGGGCUGUUCGCUCUGGAAAGGUAAGAAAGCCAUACCCUGGCUUCCCACCUCCGCUACACUGGGAAAAAUAUUUCUUUUUCCUUCUUACUACUGUAAUCCAUGAUUAUUGAAGGAAAUUUAGAAAAAUGCAUAGGUGCAAAACGAAUAUACGCUAUAUACAAUCCCACCUGCUAGAGGGAAUGAACGUUAACCUUUGGAAUAAUGCUAAGUAACCUUUGUUGCUAACAUAGGAAUUCCAAGCAUAAACCGGUUUGCUCCUGGAACACUGGCAGCCUCCAGCUUCAGGGAUUCUUGGGCUUCCCCAGAGCUGUGUGUGACCCAUGAAUCUGGAAUAACCAAAGCAACCAAGCCAAGGCCAAGAGGGCCAAGGCCAGAGAGGCCAGAACCAAGGGAGGACCCUCCGUGGGGCCAGAUCCCCAAUGUGGGGACAGAACCAAAGGGUUUGAGCUGCGGCCACUGUGGGAAAUCCCUGUGAUUCCUGAGUGUCACAGGCCCGGUGACUUCCUCACCCAAGUGAUUCUCCUACUGUUUUCUGUGAGGACAGCCCUUAUUGGACAGAAAUGGAUUCUAUUUAAUAAAUUAUAGGAUUCUGUAAAUAGUUCCCGCGUGGCACAUUUUGUAUCUGCACUACAGAGAUUUUCGUUUAGGUGAGGGAAGCCCACCGUGAAUGACUGGACUCUGAAAAGAAAGUCUCAGCCACGGUCCUGCCCACCUGGACAUGCGACCACUCAUCCCUCUCCUUCCCAUGUUCCCUCAGCCACUGGGGAUGAGAGAUCAGGGUGCUAUCGGCCCUGACUUUAUUAGCGUUUCCCAUAUUCUGCAUUCUGAUGAGCGCAGUUGCUUCUUCAUCCUCCUUCCAUUGCCUGGUAGGCAGGAGGUCAAGACAAUAGAAAGAAAGUGCCAGAAUAGCAUUUCUGUUGUUUAUAAACUCCUCAGGCCGGUGGGUGUCCCUCUGCUUCUUCUCUUGGUGCCUCCUCGUUCAGGACCGGGCUCACUAUGGAUGGAUUGGAUGGAUGAACGAACCGGUCCAUUAGUAAAGGAGGGAAGUUUGUUCACUGGCGAGGAGAUGAAUUUCAGUGAAUUUCAUCUAACCGCGAUCAGGAGAAAUGAAGGCCGGGACAGGGGUGACCCCUCUCUUCUCAGAACCUUUCUCCCAAGGCCCCCAAGGUCUCUUGCUAUCCUGACCUCCUCUCCCUUCUUUUUGUCAGUGUAUCUGUCCAAAUCCCACAUCCAAGAUAGUCUAUCCUCUUCCUGUCUUCACCAGUUAUCUUCCACUUACUGUCACUUCUUUAAAGGGAGUCUUUUCAGACCUUGUUUCUCAUACAGCUCAUUGAACUUCUCUUUUAUAGCACCUUAAGUUGUAUUUUUGUACAUUUAUUUGUAUGAUUACUUGUUUAAUAUCUGUUUUCUCCACUAGCCUGCUCUGCAGGGCAGGAGCUGUGUACAUAGUGUGGUGCGUGCACUCAGGAAAUACAAUAUUUAUUGAAUGGACACUCUCCACU